CGUGCAGGGCCCUGAUGGACGAGGUAGAGCACGACAUCACCAAGGCUCGGCAGAAGAAGGCCAAGGUGGGCUCCUUCCGAAUCAAUCCUGAUGGGACGCAGGAGAGGAGAAAGAUCCCCCUAGCCCAGUCGGAGGCGUUCCUAACGGACCUUUUGGAGAAAGUCUGUGAGCGAAUGAACGACUACAAGCUUGAGGAAGACCCUGUGACGAAGGAGAGAACUUUCAAGAGAUUUGCUCCUAGGAAAGGAGACAGAAUAUACCAAGAAUUUAAAAAAUUAUAUUUUUAUUCUGAUGCUUACAGACCUUUGAAAUUUGCGUGUGAAACUAUAAUAGAAGAGUAUGAAGAUGAAAUAUUCUCACUUAUCGCCCAGGAGGCACACUAUCUAGCUGACAAGCUGUGCAGUGAAAAAUCAGAUCUGUGUGAAACUUCUGCUAAUCAUACUGAGCUCUAGGAGUGCCGUGCUGCUAGUUGUAGAGAGGAGUAAAGUCACACCCAAAGGUGAAGCUGAGGAGUACAUGAAACUUAAAUUAACCUUUGCAGAUUUUGACGAAUCAAGCUUGACAAGAAAGAAUUUAAUUCUGUAUUGGUGGAAAAAGUGAAGACGUUUCAUAAACAAAAUAGGGAUUUCAUAAUGUAUGCUGUUUAUUUUAUAACAGUGUAUGUGCACAUAUACAAGUGCAGUAGCUAUCUGAUAAGAACUGAAUUUGAAUUCUCAAAUACUUGAUUGCCUAUAAAUUUAAGGAAAUACACGGCAACAAAUUCAAAAUGUGGUCUUCUGGGUGAGAUGGCUAUCGGUGAAAGAAACAAACUCACUUUUUAUCAGGAAUGAAAUUUAAAUUUUUAGAAAUCACAAGUUUAAAAAUUCAUCUCUAAAAUUUAGUGGAGUGUGUAAAAACUAAUGAAUGCUUUAAUUUAUAGUAAACAAUAAUUAUAUUGGCCUCUCAAACACCAAUCUGAGUUUAAAUGGUUUAGAAAGUUGAAUUAUUAUUGCAUCAUGUGUUAAAAGAUGACGCUAGUGAUUGUGUUUUGUUUUACUCCAAACUCUUCUGGUUUGUUUGUUUUUCUUCUAAAGUUUUUUUAUUUAUUUUUAUUUUUUUGGCUCACAUUUAGUGUGUUGAGUUUACUACUAAAUAAUCUUCCGUUCUUCUACAGGAAUGGAAAGAGACUUGGGACCUGGUGGGAAAUUAUCCUUUGACCACACUUAAUAUACAAAGUCUAGUAACAAUCACUCCCGGAAAUUUAUUUAUCUCUGUUAAAUUUGCAUUCAAUGGAAUCUGACUUUAAUGAUGAAAAAUGUCAGGGUAUAGUCUAUACCAGUUUCUACAAAGAGAUUCUCAUUGUCUUUGGUGACAAUCAAGUGGGUAGGAUGCUACACAUUCUGCCCGGAAGACCUAAAACUCUUUGCCAUAUUGUUACUCAGUUGCUUAAAAAGCACAUUAUGUGUUUAAAUCAUUCUGACUCUUCAGCAGGAAACAAUCCUUAUAUUUAGGAAAAUUUACCAAAGCUAAGGGAAAGGGCUUUCCAUGCCCCCUCCCCACCUCAACUCUGAUUAAAAGUUAGUGAGUUAAUAUCACUUAACUAUUUGGGUGCUUUUUUUUUGGUCUUGUCUGUAGCUGCUUAAGUAUGAUGGCUCCUUACAUAAGCCAACGAACUCGCACUCUAGCUGACACACGAUGGAAAUAGAACUGAAUAAUAAUUAACACUAUUUUCCAGUAGGGUAGGACAAUUGUUAUUUAAAACGUAGUCCCUAUAGCUUUAUUUAAAUGUACCUAGUUAAGGUUAAUUUGGCAUUUAAAGUAGUAAAUCAGGAACAUUCUCCUAACUUGGGUUUUCAUAGGAAAUGCACUAAACAGGAAAAUUAUUCCCGAAAACCUGGUGACCUUCACAGGAACAUGGUGGGAACUGUGACUCUAAGUAAGCUUCACUGAAAAAUGUUAACAGUUGUAAUUGUAAAAGUGUUGCCAAAUUUGUUUUCAUACUCUCAUUGAUCAUCAUUAAAAAUUCUCAAAUGUAGACAAUACUAACACUAGUUAUAGAAAUUAAGAAAACGUGGACUCCUGUUUGUGACUAAACGGACGUGGGGAGGUGCACCUCCUGUCACUGAGGGGUGCCUUUCUUUGACAGUGAUGCUUUGCUUUGAAUGUAGAGGGCCAGGAACCUUGACUUACAGCCAAUAGCUAAGGUUUUGCUAAAUAUGGCAUUUCAGGUUUUUUCUUGGAUUUCUCAUUAAAAAUAGUCUUGUGUCUUGCAAAUUUUUAAUAUCUCAUGACUUGUAUAUUUUUUCUUUCCAGAAUUUUUUUCCAGAUCAAACUUGCUAAACUCAUGUAAAUAUUUGUAGCUUACGAAGUUACUGAUUAAACCUGUAUUUGAGUGAUAACGCACAAACCACUGGAUUUCUCAUGGCUGCAGGAAGUCUUAGGUUUCCCUGUGGGUCACUGUUAGGUGGUGCUGCUUUUGCUCAUGAACAAUGAGAUAGAGUAGCUACUCACUUUAGCAUCCUUCUAGCCACCUCGGUGCCUUGUAAGUCACAUUUAUUGACCAAAACCGAAAUAAAAACAAGUCAUGGGGAGGAAACAAAAACAAAAUAAAAGAAACAAGGCAAUGUUAUGCUGUGAGAGAAAAGUUUCUCAGAGUUGAUGAAAAGCGACCUAAUUCCAUGUCCAAAAAAAAUCCCUGCAAAAACACAGGGUAGGGUGUGUAAUGCCUAUUAAAAUAAUGAGGAGAGAAGACCCAUUUGAGGCUGGACGGUUUCAGAUUGUUCUCUUAUGAGAUGGUUGGUUUGGGUCUCCAUGAAGACGUGUGAACCUGUUCUCAU